AGAGCCAAUCAAAUGUUGCUUUUCUCCCAGAUAUCAAAUCCACACAGGCCUGCAGCACUCGAUCAUCAGACCCAGCCAGCCCAGCUGUCUGCCCGCUCACAUGGACACGCUGCCCCAGAGGCUCCGAGAGGCCGGGUACUCCACACACAUGGUGGGCAAGUGGCACCUGGGUUUCUACAGGAAGGCGUGCCUGCCCACCAGAAAGGGCUUUGACAGUUUCUUUGGAUCUCUAACAGGAAGUGUGGAUUACUACAGCUACGGGUCGUGCGACGGCCCCGGGGUUUGUGGGUAUGAUCUCCACGAGGACGAGGGCGUGGCGUGGGGCCAGGAAGGGAAAUACUCCACAACGCUUUUCACACAGAGAGCCCGCAAGAUCCUGGAGACUCACGACCCCACGGAGAGGCCGCUCUUCCUGCUGCUCUCCCUCCAGGCAGUCCACACUCCUCUGCAGCCUCCCAAGUCCUACAUCUACCCGUACCGGGACAUGGCUAACGUCGCCCGCAGGAAGUAUGCCGCCAUGGUGUCCACGGUGGACGAGGCGGUGCGAAACGUCACCUACGCCCUGAGGAAGUUGGGAUACUACAGGAACAGCGUCAUCAUCUACUCCACCGACAACGGAGCCCAGCCGUUCACAGGAGGCAGCAACUGGCCGCUGCGAGGACGAAAGGGCACAUAUUGGGAAGGGGGAGUUCGUGGAGUGGCGUUUGUCCACAGCCCGCUGUUGAGACGCAGGAGACGGGUGUCCAAAGCUCUGCUGCACAUCAGCGACUGGUUCCCCACUCUGGUGGGCCUCGCCGGGGGGAACAUCAGCCAGGUCAGUG